GACUUAUUGAACCAAUCGUACCAAACACUUACAUUUACCAGCAUCAAUAUUCUUUUGUGUGGAUACUGAACAAAAAUGUCUUAGAAUCAAAGUAGAUUUCGAAUACGAUCGUUUACAAUUUCUUCUUCGCAAAUUAUAUCGUGAUAUCUUCGCAAAAAAAGUUACUAUCAAACCUUUUGUCAUGGGCUUUAUUGGAGACCCAGAUAUACCUCAAGGCCAUAUAGAAUACAAAUAUUUAUUGCAUCAAUGGGCAAAUGACCCUUUCUGGAUCGGAAACAUCAAUCAACGUAUUCGAUAUCUCCACAUAUCUGGCGGUUUACCUCCAUAUCGUUUCCCUCGUACAAUGAUUCAACAAUUUUGGGUGGCUCCAAUGCACCCCGAAGCAAGAACUGUUUGGUAUAAAGUCCUUAUCCAGAAGAUACCCUUGCAAAAAUGCGUUUCACGGUUCCGUCCUCCUACAUCUUCUUUAUGUGUGUUAUGUCAUCAAGAAGAAACGAUCGAACAUUUUGUGUACUCCUGCCCUCUCAAAAAAACAAUCUGGGACACCACCUUGGCCGUCAAUCUGCCUCUAUAUUUCCUACAACCAGUGGAUUUCUGUGACUUUAUUCUUCAUCUACGACUCCCUCCAAAUACAACGAUUCACUCAACUCUCUUCACCAGCUGCGCAACAACGAUACAUCAGAUCUGGUGUGCUCAUUGGAAAUUCAAGCUAGAAAACAAGCCUUUCCACGAACAUCCCAUUGUACGAAUGAUCAAUACACGCAUUGCAUCCAUCCAUCCUCCUCCCCCUCAUAGCGUCGUCAUAGAUUAUUGAUUUAAUAUUUAGAAUAUCCCUUUACCCAUAUCACCGCUCUUGGACGUGUGGAUGAUAGCGGACAGUGAUAUGACUUUUUUUUUUGAAUGAAAUUUUAAAUUUAUGCCCAAUUUUUUUUAUGCCC